AUGAAGUUCUCGACGAUUCCUGUUGCUGGGGCCCUCCUCCUCCUCGCCGGAGUGAACGCUCAGCUGUCCGGUUGCACCGCCGUUGCUGUCAAGGCCAUCCCUUCAUGCGCCCAGACAUGCUUCAUUGACAACGCUCCCUCUGUCGGCUGUGAUGGCUUCGACUUUGCUUGCCAAUGCCAGAAGCAAGCUGCUUUCUUCGCCGCCAUUGAGUCCUGCGUUGCCGACUCUUGCAAGGCGUCUGAGUUCCAGAACGUGAUCGAUGGUGCUGCUGAGGUCUGCGCCUGUGCUCUCCCCGCCAACUCACCUCAGACCGUCUCCGGUACUGUCGUGCCUCCAUCAGGCACUGUCAUCGGAACCGUCAUCCCUCCUCCCGCGGUCCCUACCUCCCCCAUCGUUGAUGUUCCCACCCAGCCUGCCCCAACAACGAUCGUAACCUCAAUCCCAGCCAGCAUCACCUCGGCUUACCCCACCGACGAUGGUAACUUCUCUGGCACCUGGGUUCCCACCGCUUCCGAGGUGCCCGUUGCCUCAUCAACUGGUGCCGUCCCUCCUGUCGUUACCGCUGGUGCCGGCCGUUCUGCCCAGAUUGGUCUCGGUGCCGGCCUUGCCGUUGCUCUUGCCCUUCUUUAA